GAUAAGCUAAAUCAAUACAUAACCAAAGGGUCAAUGUCUGAAGACGGUCAGAACCUUCCAAACCAUCAGCGUUUCCCAUCUGCCACUCCUUCGGUCAAAGAGCUGGAGCAUGUUUUGGACAGCUGCAGGAUGGAAUUAAAUCAUGUGGAUGAAGUGUGGCCUAACCUGUAUAUAGGGGAUAUCUUGAUUGCACAUGACAAGGAAGAACUGAGGAAACUUGGCAUCACCCAUGUACUGAAUGCGGCACAUUCCACAUGGGAAAGUAAAGGAGACCAAGCCUUCUAUGGCCAGGAAAUCCAUUAUUGUGGAAUAGCUGCAGAAGAUUCAACUAAUUUUAACCUGCGUGAGCAUUUCUACCCUGCCUCAGAGUAUAUUAAUAAAGCACUGAGUGCUCUGAACGGAAAGAUCUUAGUUCACUGUGUUGUUGGUAAAAGCAGAUCCGCCACCUUGGUGCUGGCUUACCUUAUGAUCUACCAUCACUUCUCACUGACCGAUGCUGUCCAACGUGUCAUCCAGUACCGAGCCAUUUCACCAAACCGAGGGUUCCUGAAACAGCUACAGGACCUAGAUGUUGAAUUGCGAGACAGGACAAACCUGUGUGAACUCUUAUAAUAUGCGGGGAAGAAAAAAGAUCAAUAGUGACUACAAAAUAUGAAGUGCCCCACAGUGUUAAAGGAAGUAAAAAGAUUAAAUGAAUCUGAACCAAAAUUCUAGUACCAAAGCCUACCUCUCUCCAAAAUUUUGUGAUGGGGGAUCUCAUAAUCUGAACUUGGAUCUGGCUCUGAAUUUCACAUCUUAUCUCCUCUCUCCCUCAAACUGGCUUAACUCUAACCUUGAUCUGAAUAAUCCUGAUCUUUGGGAUAAUUGUCACCUAUUGAGUCUCCAUUUGUAUCUGCUGCCCUUCUGGGAUUGAUCCCAUAUUUCGCAGUAAUCCUGGCUGAAGAGAACCCUGCAACAACCCUAAUUCUUGGUCAGGUGCAGUUUGCUUUAGCUGAUAUUAGAGAUGGGUAGCUCUCCUCUCAUGGAGUUUGAGGAUGUGCCACUUUUGUGUGUGUGUGUGAAUGUUUGGUUUUUCUACAAUUUAAACCCAUGGCUUCCCCAUUUCCCACCCCCGCUCCCCCAAAGGAAGAGUCAAUUCAAAAAGGGAGGAGGAAAUGAAUUUCUCUGUAAAUGACAGCAUUUAUGCUCUAUAUUAAGGAGAGAAAAAUCUAUCAAAUGCUAGGCUGGCCUGAGUGGACGCCUUGCAAGCUACAACUGCACUGUACUUACAUCUUUUACAAAUCAGAGACUCUCUCCUCCCCUCUUUUUUUUUUUUUUUUUUACCCUUGUGCUGUAUUUUCUUGGUACUCUGUCCAUUG